CUCGGUCACUUAACUCCCACAAUCCCAGAGUACCAAGGCAUCCUUGCAAUAUCUGUCGUUUGGUAAUACUUCUGAGAGUGAACUUAAGUACUAGCUAGUCAUGGGGAAGAAUGAUAUCAAGCUUAUUGGUUCAUGGGCAAGUGCAUUUACCACGAGGGUUAGGAUUGCCUUUAACAUAAAAAAUGUUGAGUAUGAGCAUCUUGAAGAAAAGCUCGGGAAGAAGAGUGACCUUCUUCUCCAAUCCAACCCUGUCCACAAGAAAUUCCCUGUUCUUCUCCAUGACGGCAAGCCGCUCCCCGAGUCUCUCAUCAUUGUCCAAUACAUUGACGAGGUCUGGAGCUCUGGUCCUUCCAUCCUCCCUGCCGAUCCCAUGGAUCGUGCUCUUGCACGAUUUUGGGCUGCCUACGUUGAUGAAAAGUUUUUCCCGUCCUUGAAACUCGUUAGGGUUACACAAGGAGAGCAGUUGGCAGCGGCGGUGGAAGCAGUGGGUAAAAGUUUUGAGGUGAUGGACGGGGCCUUUCACCAGUGUAGCAAAGGGAACGCUUUCUUUGGGGGAGAGCGAGUCGGGUACCUCGAUAUUGCCUUUGGGUGCACCUUGGCCUGGCUGAGAGCUUUGGAGAAGAUCGUUGGGGUGAAGCUUUUCGACGAAGUAAAGCAUCCUGCACUCGCAAAAUGGAUGGACAGCUUUUGCUCGGAUCCCGCUGUUGACGGUCUUAUUCCCGAGACUGAUAGGUUUAUAGAGUUCCUUAAACUUCUGCCCGGGGCUCCACCUAGGCAUUAAGUAGUAGUUCUAAUCAUGAGCAACUUAGCUUUUGGUUGAAUCUUCUCCAGUUUUGGUUUGCUCAGAAAAAAAUAAAANUUACUUUCAUGUUGAUCAUGGAAAGCAGGGUUUGUAUUCCGUUUGCAUUGUUCUUAUUUGGUGCCUGAAAUAUAUGGUGAAGAAUAAAUUUGACUUCUUUA